AUGUCGUCCCCGGCGCCGCCACAGCAGGCGCCGACGGCGCAGCCUCCCCCGCCGCCGGCCGCCGCGCCCCCCACCGCUGCGCCCGCGACGGUCGUCUCCGCGACCCCCAUCUCGGUGCAGCUGCCGCCUAUCCAGCCAAAACCGCCGCCGCCACAGCCGCAGGCGCAGGCGCAGACGCAGCAGCAGCCGCCGCCGGGUCCCGCUUCCGGCCCGCAGCCGCCGACGCCGGCGCAGCUCUUGAAUCUGGGCCCGCAGCCGCCGCUGUACCGGGGCCCGAUCUGCUGGAACACCUAUUGCAAGGACCCCGACCCCAACUCCUUCGGCCGCCGCGGGUGGAAGAGGGUACAUUGUGGCUGCAUCGUGUCCAUCCACAAGUAUCAGCUCCGUGACGCUGGUGGGGUUGACUGCGCCAAGUGUGCUCGGAGCACCCGUGCUGCCAUGGCACCACCAAGUCCAGUAUGGACCACCCCUAUUCAUAGUUCUCAAAAUGUAUCUGACAGAAGAGACAUUCCUGUGAAGAGCUGGAGGCCUCCUGCCGGGCAAAUUUCAAGUCAGUGGAGACAGACUAAUCUGUGGAGCAUGUCCAGUGUACAGUCAGACUUGCAGCAGCGUCUAGCUUUUGAGUUUGAUAGGCCUAGUGGUAGUGAAAAGUUACUUCCUGGGCGCACUUUUAUUCAUGCCCAGGAAAGGAAAUUUGAUGACAUGCACGACAGACCAACAACUCCUGCGGGCAUGAACCACAUUAUGAGGGAGAGAGAUCCCAAUGGGCACGGUCAGCCCACCAAUAUGGAUCCAGCAUACUCUUAUACCCUCUAUCACAGAGAUGGAUCACAUCCAAAUAAUCUUCAUGAUCCUAGCCACCAUGGUGGAGAAAACGACUCUUUGUCUUCCAGGAAAGUGGCGAUGCCAGAAGCUUCUACAAGUGCAGAUGCUGGCUUCAAGCUUGAUUCACAUCAUCCGUCUAAUUUAAAGGAUGAUCCACCAUCCCUUUCAGUUGGACUGGCUUCUAAUUUUGCAUCACAUAAUGGACAGAAAGACCAUAUCAGAAUUGCACCUACUCAGCAGCAAGCACAAAUGGCUUCCUCCUCAUUGCAGAAACAAUUCUAUUCUCACACUGUAACUGGAUAUAAUGAACUCCAAGCACAAUUGCGCAAUGGAAGACCCAGAAUGGAUGCAAAGGCGAGAUCACAGUUACUUCCCCGCUAUUGGCCUAGAAUAACAGAUCAAGAGCUACAGCACUUAUCUAGCGAUUCAAAUUCUAUUAUUACUCCUUUGUUUGAAAAGAUGUUAAGUGCUAGUGAUGCUGGGCGGAUUGGUCGUUUAGUUUUGCCAAAGAAGUGUGCUGAGGCAUACUUCCCUCCGAUCUCCCAACCUGAAGGGCUCCCUUUAAAGGUUCAGGAUGCCAGUGGUAAAGAAUGGAUAUUCCAAUUCCGUUUCUGGCCAAAUAACAAUAGCAGGAUGUAUGUAUUGGAGGGUGUCACACCUUGCAUUCAGGCAAUGCAGUUACAAGCAGGCGACACAGUAACCUUCAGUCGAAUAGAUCCAGAAGGGAAAUUGAUCAUGGGCUUCAGGAAGGCAACUAAUAAUUCUUCUGAACAGGAGCAAAUUACAAAGCCUGCCAAUGGUGCCCCAGCAACUUCAGAAGCAAAUGGUAAAGUUUCUGGUCCAGAUUCCAGUCCAAAUGCUGCAGUUUCCCGUCAAAACAAGUUCAACACAGAGACCAAAGGUUCUAGUCCUGUGGAACAAGCCACUGCAUCGAAAAUGGAUAAGGAUGGAUUAACACAGAAGGAAGGGCCAGGAACUGCUAGUUCUUCCCCAGGUUCUGUCAAGAGAAAAACAACUAAUCUUGGCCAAAAGAAUAAAAGAUUACGGAUGGAUAAUGAGGAAUCAAUGGAGUUGAAGAUAACAUGGGAGGAAGCUCAAGAAUUGCUUCGCCCUCCUCCUAAGGCCCCGUCCAUUGUUAUUGUUGAUGGUCAUGAGUUCGAGGAAUAUGAGGAGCCACCGAUACUUGGAAGGAAGACUUAUUUUGCACCAGAUAAAUCAGGUUCGAACCAUCAAUGGGCCCAAUGUGAGGAUUGUUCCAAAUGGAGGAAACUCCCAAUAGAUGCCCUGUUGCCCUCCAAAUGGACCUGCUCUGACAAUAAAUGGGAUCCAGAAAGGUCUUCUUGCGAACCUGCACAGGAAAUAAGUAUGGAGGAGCUUGCAGAACUCAUUCCUAUAAAACAUGCCAAAAAGCCCAAAUUGAGGAUGGAAUCUGAUGCUAUUGAUGCUUCAGAUGGGCUGGACACACUUGCAAACCUUGCAAUUCUUGGCGAAGGUGAAGCUCUUCCUUCGCAGCCAACAACAAAACAUCCUCGUCAUCGUCCCGGCUGUUCAUGCAUCGUCUGCAUCCAACCGCCAAGCGGGAAGGGUCCAAAGCACAAGCAGACAUGCACCUGUAACGUUUGUAUGACGGUUCGCCGCCGCUUCAGGACGCUCAUGCUUCGACGCGAGAAGAAGGCGGCAAUAGAUACGCCUCGCAAGAAAGAGACUGGCCAAUCCAGUGAGAAGGUCACACAAGCUGUGUCCGUCCCGCCAGUAGCCAGUGCCAGUGCAAUCACCAGCUCCCCUCGGAAAGCAGAUGGAAUUGCCGAUGGGCCCGAAGACAUGGCCGUGGAUCACAAGGUGACAUCCUCUCCCGUCAAGAACCAUAUUGACCUGAACAUCCAACCUGAUCGGGAUGAUGAGCAAUCACCAAAAUCUGGUGCGGCUGGUUUGUUGAGCCGAGACAAUCCAAGUUAG